CCCCCCACAUCCCCUCCCUCCCUCCCCUCUGGAGUUGCUAAUGCUACGCAGCACUAGCGACCCACAUACGCCAGAGGCUCUGGAGCUACAACAGACGUGCGUUCUACAACAGCUCACCCUUGAAGAGUGGAGUUCCUGCAGCUGUCGUCCUCUUCUUGGAAACCUCCUGGUGUUUGGUGGAUGCUAACCCCUGAAUACCAGACCAAACAUCCCCGAGCCUGCUGACCUUCAAGUGGGACCCGAUCCAACUCAGGAUGCCUUCCCGCUCCUCCUAGAUAGGAAAAUAGUGUGGGAGCCACUGCCGAGAGAGACUUACCUUACCCUUUACGGAGCUGAGAGAGGGCCACCGAGACACCGCAGGAUGCCGGCCAAGACCCCCAUGUACCUGAAGACCACAACCCCCAAGAGGGGCAAGAAGAUCCGGCUGCGGGACGUCCUGUCGGGGGACAUGAUCAGCCCCCCGCUGGGGGACGUGCGGCACAGCGCCCACGUGGGGCCCCAGGGCGAGGGGGACAUGUUCGGGGACGUGGGCUUCCUCCAGGGGAAGAUGGACAUGCUGCCCGCCCAGGGGGGCCGCGGGUCCGGCGGCGGGGGGCCGGGACGCUCCCACAGCGUGGAGCGACACCUGGCCGACGGCGGCCCCUCCCCCUCGGACCCCAACGGGCCCCGGGCCCACGACUACUCCUACAACGGCUUCCACUACAUCAACUCCUCGGCCGGCCUGCUCAAGUCCACCGUGUCCAUGCCCGUGUUCAUCGCCCACGAGCAGGCCCCGCCCAAGCCGCCCCGCCUCCACCUGGAGGACUCCGCCCCCGCUCAGGGCAACGGCCACGGCCCCUCGCCGCACUCUGAGGACGGCGGCCGCAGGCACGCCGCCCCGAGCAACGGGCACUCGUCCCGCGGCGCCCAGAGCCAGCAACAGCAGCAGCAGCAGCGCCCCGUCCCGUCGCUGCGGGACUGCGGGGUGGGGGGCCGGCUGGCGUCGGAGCCCUGCCGGGACAUCUCCUUCCCCGCCGCCAUGCGCAAGCUGGUGCCCUCCUCGGGCUCCUUCUCCGAGGUCUCCUCCGAGGACUCCGUCUCCGAGACCUGCGGGCCCCUGGGCCCGCACAGGGGCCUCAGCCUGGACUCUGACGCCGGGCUGAGCAACGAGGACCUGAGGAGCGACCGCAGCGAGUCGCCCGGCACCCCCUCCGCCGUCGCCUCCCACUCAUUCGCCCCCACCGCCGUCGCCCCCACCUCCGUCACCCCCUCCGCCGUCGCCCCCUCCGUCUCCACCCCCAUCCACCCAGGGGGGGUGGCGUCGCUCAGGGCCGCUCCCCCCCACCUGGCCAUCUCCCGGUCGGACUCCUUGGCCGGGCUGAACCUGGACCUGGGCCCCUCGAUCCUGGAGGACGUGCUUGGCAUCAUGGAGCGAUACAAGAAGGUGGACGAGCGCUGCGAGCUGUGAGCUGUGAGCUUUGAGCGGCGGGCUGUAGCUGGCCCUGGUGUGUUCCUGCUUUACAGCCCUGGGAGUGGGGAGAGGGGUUCAGA